AUGCUGCUGCCGCUGCUGCGGGGUAGCUGCUUCCCUUCCUCCUCCCCGGGCGGCGCUGGCGGCGGCGGCGGCGGCGGCGGCGGGGACAAGGGCGCGGGGAGCCGGCCGGCUGCGCAGCCGCAGCGCGGAGUCCGCGGGCCGCCGGGGCCUCUGGAGCCGCGGAGCGCCGAGGCCGGGGCCGAGCCCUCGCGCGCGGCCGAGGCGGAGGCCCGCGGGGCGCCGGGGCCCGGGGCGCGCGGCGGGCGGUGGGCCGGGCGCGAGCCGCAUGCGUGCAUGGAUCCGGGCGCCGCGCUGCACAGGCGGGCCGGGGCCGGCGGCGGCGGCGGCGGCGGCGGCCUGGGCGCGGGCUCCCCGGCGCUGUCGGGCGGCCAGGCCCGUCGGAGGAAGCAGCCCCCGCGUCCGGCCGACUUCAAGCUGCAGGUGAUCAUCAUCGGCUCCCGCGGCGUGGGCAAGACCAGCCUGAUGGAGCGCUUCACCGACGACACCUUCUGCGAGGCCUGCAAGUCCACCGUGGGUGUUGACUUUAAAAUCAAGACUGUAGAGCUAAGAGGAAAGAAAAUCCGGUUACAGAUCUGGGACACGGCAGGUCAGGAGAGAUUCAACAGCAUUACCUCAGCUUACUACAGAAGUGCCAAGGGGAUCAUAUUAGUAUAUGAUAUCACGAAGAAGGAGACAUUUGACGAUUUGCCAAAGUGGAUGAAGAUGAUUGAUAAGUAUGCUUCCGAAGAUGCCGAACUCCUCCUCGUGGGGAACAAGCUGGACUGUGAGGCGGACAGAGAAAUCAGCCGGCAGCAGGGAGAGAAGUUUGCACAGCAGAUAACCGGGAUGCGGUUCUGCGAAGCAAGUGCCAAGGACAACUUUAAUGUGGACGAGAUCUUCCUGAAGCUCGUGGAUGACAUUCUGAAGAAGAUGCCUCUGGAUAUUUUAAGGAACGAGUUGUCCAAUAGCAUCCUCUCCCUACAACCCGAGCCCGAGAUCCCGCCAGAGCUGCCUCCGCCAAGACCACACGUCCGAUGCUGUUGAAUUGCUGCUUUGGAGACGGAGUGCAGCCCAUUCCUCGAGAGGGAAACCUUCUGUCCUGCACUACAAUCAUUUCGACAAUUCCUUCCGCACUUUGUAAUCCAAGUCAGAGCUAUACACUAACUUGUAAAUAUGCAAAUAUACAAUCCUGGGUAAGUUUGGGUUGUAAGUUACGUAUUUCCCUCCAAAUUCUAUUUCCUUCAUUACCCCAGUGUCUAGUGUACACACACUGGGAAAUGUACUUCUAAUAUGAAGAAUGGGAGAGAGCGAGAAGAGCUAUGAUGUUUCUUAAAUAAUAUAAUUGUCCUUGUUAGUUAUGAGGACAGAAGAUAUUCUGAUAACGAGAGAACGUGGUGCUUUGCUUACUUAAAGACAUUUGUAAAACUAAAGACAUUGGGAGGGGCUAAGUAAGUGCUUUUUCUUUAUUUACAAGACAUUUCCAGCUGUAGCAACUUUGAAGUAUUGGUGUUUCUGCCGCAGGCGAAGCUCCAGCCCGAGCCACCACUGAAGGGUAUUAGUGUUCUGAACUGGCUGGAUAUUUCUACCCAGAGGCUGGAUCGGUGGUUCAGAAUCUCUGGUGGUCUUCCUGAUGGGUGUUCCUAACACAAGGACAACAAAGAUUCAAUUAAAAACAUUCUGUUAGGCUAGGGGUACGGCUCGGUGGUAGAACACCUGCCUAGCAUGUGUGAGGCCAUGCCCAGCACUGCAAAAAAAAAAAAAAAAAAUGUGUGAAAGAGAAAGAUUUUAAAGGCACAUUGCUUCCUAAACAAAUCCUGUUUCAAGGAAUUUUCAAGACACCUUUACUCUAUGAGAGGAUACGGGUGUGCUGGCAUCCGCACUCUGUAACAUUGUCACGAUGAAACUCCUCCUCUUGACUGGUGAAGUUUAUUCCCAUUAAGCGUAAACUGUGUUGACCUUUUUUUUCCCUUUGGUCUGAUAAUGAAUUUGUGAACUCCCUUUUUGGUAUAUCUUUUAUUAAACUGCACUGUUUGGUUUAGUCAAGAUAAAUAAGGAAGUAUUGUAUUGGAAUAACUUGGCGUGUCCCGAGUGUUGUGCUGAGAAGCAUCGUGGUCUUUCUACACUAAUGAAGUGCAAAUAAAAUUUUGUAUUUAUGAAUGACAA